UCGUCCCAGAAUUCCUUCAGUCGUAUUUAGUGAGCGCUUCCUGCGUAGUAAGCGCUUGGGGGAAUAUGAGGAGCUGAACAUGGGUUGGCUGCUUGGGGAGAUGUGUACGUCCCCGGGAAGGAGGCAGAGAGGGAGAGACGCUCAAAUCUCCCACCUCUGCCUUAGAAGAUGUCUUUUUGGGGUCCGGAAAAGUGUAGGCAACGGAUACACCCAGCUGACGAACCAGAGGAGCCUCUCCCGUGCUCCUCCAGGGAUCCCCCGACCCCCUUCCGCCAUGCAAGGUCCCGCUGGUCGGACGUUGGCACUGGGGUCCUGCCUGCUGCUGGCCCUGUGUUCGGCUGGCGGUGCCCUGGGCCGGAGCCCUCGGAGCGGGCAUUCCCGGCAGGCCCCGGACGACUCUCAGGGACAACUCGCCUUGGAGGAGCUGUUGAUUCACACCGGCAGGGUCGAGGAGAAGGAAGAGCAAUACCAUCCGCAGCUGGAGAAGUUACCGCCACCUUCCAAGUGCACCCGCUGCUGUGACUCCGGAUAUGUGACCUUCCAGCCCUUGCCCCAGCCCCAAAUCAACCUCACCAUCCUAAAAGGCGAGAAGGGGGACAGAGGAGAACGAGGCCUCCAGGGCAAGUUCGGCAAGACGGGGUCGGUGGGCUCCAGGGGCCACGCGGGCCCCAAGGGGCAGAAGGGCACCGUGGGGGCCCCGGGAUCCGGGUGCAAGAACCACUACGCCGCCUUCUCCGUGGGCCGCCGGAAGGCCCUGCACAGCAACGACUACUACCAGACGCUCAUCUUCGACACGGAGUUCGUCAACCUGUACGGCCACUUCAACAUGUUCACGGGCCACUUCUACUGCUCCGUCCCGGGCGUCUACUUCUUCAGCCUCAACGUGCACACCUGGAACCAGAAGGAGACCUACCUGCACGUGAUGAAGAACGAGGCGGAGGCCGUCAUCCUCUACGCCCAGGCCAGCGACCGCAGCAUCAUGCAGAGCCAGAGCCUGAUGCUGGAGCUGCGGGAGGGAGACGAGGUCUGGGUGCGGGUCUUCAAGGGGGAGCGGGAGAACGCCAUCUUCAGCGAUGAGUUCGACACCUACGUCACCUUCAGCGGCUACCUGCUCAAGCACAGCGCCGAGCCCUGACCUCUCCCCGUCCCCCCGCUCCCUCGCCCGACGAGGACGGACCGGGCGGGUCGCGGCGGGGGAGAGGUCGG